UAUCGCAUACCUGGACAUAGGCCUCGUCAGCCUCGGCUUCCUCAUUAGAUCAAAGAGCAUAUGGUGCAAGAACUCGACGACCGGCGCUACCACCCAGCACUCAGCGUCCGCCUCCGUCAGGCUGUCUUCCUAUCGUUCCUCGGCCACCUCCGCAACCUCGCAACGCUUCGCAUGACCAUCCACAGCUCAGCCCACGAAACCCUGUCUUGUCCAGCAUAUGGCAUUCACUCACACUCUGGCCACUUAUCGACCUGCCCGAGGUAGAGGAACCCGAAGUCGACAACAGCCUCGCGUCCUCUCGACGAACCAACUCUACGCCCUCUCCGAAUCCUGACCACGAUUCUACCUCCGGCGAUAAUGACGACGAUCUAGACGCGACGACACCUCAAAUGAAGAAAUCGACCUCUACACCUUCUUCACCACCCUCCGCACCCUGCGCAUCAAGAACUAUCUCCCCAUCAACCCCAUGUUGCAACGAGUCUUCUCCUCGUUCAAGAUGCUUCGAACCCGAGGGAUCUGACCGAAAUUAGGGCGCUGUGUACAGGAUACGGGACACGACGUGCGGGAAGAGAGACUGUCAUUGCCUGUCGACAGGAGGGUUGAU